AUGCCCGGCGGUGGCGAAUUGAGCUAUGCCCAAGGCAUGGCCGCCGUGCAUGAGACGAGUCACUGGAUGGGGUUGCUUCACACAUUCGAAGGGGAUUCGUGUACAAGCGACGGGGACUUUAUCGCGGACACGCCGCAGCAGUCGGUCAGCACUGACCAAUAUCCCAGGAGUCCGGCCAAAGACACGUACCCUGAUCAGCCUAGAUUGGAUCCGAUCUAUAACUACAUGGAUUACAGCACGGACGAAUGUUAUGAAGGCUUCAUGCCGAUGCAGCAUCAACGAAUGAUGGAGAUGUGGGCCAUGCAUCGGGCCGGACACGUUGCCGCAUAG